GCAACCCGGGUUUUACGUCUUACGUGAUGCUUGUGACUUUACUCUUUACUCUUCUCUAGCAUCCACUUCCACUGUCUCUUUCUGUCUUUGGCCGUCUCUGUAUCUGUCCCCGUCCAAGAAAACCUCACCUCAAUCUCACUCUCUCUCUCCAAUCUCUAGAGAGAGAAACAAGAAGAAGAACCAAAAAAAUGCCAAUACUUGAAAAUCCCAACAAAGCCACUCUUCCACUCCUCCUAGUAUUCACAUCACUGCUUCUCUCCACAGCCACUUCCCACUCGCCUGCUUCCUCCUUCUCGUCCUCGUCUCCUUCUCUCUCCGUAUGGCGAUCCGCGCGUGCCACGUACUACGCCGCCGCCGACCCCCGUGACUUGGUGGGCGGCGCGUGCGGGUACGGCGACCUGGUGAAGAGCGGGUACGGGAUGGCGACGGUGGGGCUGAGCGAGGCCCUGUUCGAGCGCGGCCAGAUCUGCGGCGCCUGCUUCGAGGUCAGGUGCGUCCAGGACCUCCGCUGGUGCAUCCCCGGGACCUCGAUUAUCGUGACGGCCACCAACUUCUGCUCUCCUAACUACGGAUUCACGGCCGAGGGUGGCGGCCAUUGCAAUCCGCCGAACAAGCACUUCGUCCUCCCGAUCGAGGCCUUCGAGAAGAUCGCCAUUUGGAAGGCCGGCAAUAUGCCCGUUCAGUAUCGCAGAAUAAAGUGCAGAAAGGAAGGAGGAAUACGUUUCACAAUUGACGGUGAAGGUAUCUUCAUCUCAGUGCUGAUCAGCAACGUUGCCGGUGUUGGAGACGUAACAGCAGUGAAGGUCAAGGGUUCAAGAACUGGCUGGCUACCGAUGGGGCGGAACUGGGGCCAAAACUGGCACGUAAAUGCUGAUUUAAAGCAUCAACCGCUUUCAUUUGAGGUCACGAGUAGUGAUGAUGUCACGGUUACAUCUUUUAAUGUCGCUCCCAAAAAUUGGAACUUUGGGCAGUCAUUUGAAGGGAAGCAAUUCGAUUCCUAAUAUAUAUAUAUAUAUAUAUAUAUAUAUAUAUUCAGAGGAAUAUGUACUGAAGGGGACCAUACCGUUUACUUAUCAAUUUUGUUUCUUAUUUGGGGUAGUAGAGGGUGUAAGAAGUGUGUUCUUUCCUUUUUCUUUUUUCUUUCCCCCUCUAGUUUUGGUGGUGGAAGUUAGGUUUGCUAAUGCAAUUGGGGUCUAAAGAUUUGUGUACUGUUUGACAUCUUGUAGUAACUUGUUUGGUAAUGUAUCAUAAUGAUUUUUGGAUA